AUGGCAUCGGGUUGCGACGGCAAUGGCAAUUUGCCGGCCGUCGACGCCCGUUUCUUGGUGUUCAGACUUGCCGGUGCGGAUGCCAAGACCCUUACAAGUCUCAGCUACUUUCACAAGCCCGGAAAAAAUCCUUUCCUCCCCUGGACCAUGGGAGAGGUCGUGGACAGGACGGCCGACGCCAAGGGAGACAACAUUGCAAUCGUAUCGUGCCACCAGGGCAUCGCAAAGACAUUCACGGAACUGAGAGAUGAAGUCAAUCAAUUUGCGGCGAGUUUGGUGUCGCUCAAGCUUCCGCUUGGUUCCAAGAUAGGCAUGCUCGCGCCCAACAUUUACGAAUGGAUGGUGGUUAAGUUUGCUGUCGCCAAGGCUGGACUGGUGUUGGUGAACAUAAACACGGCGUACCAGGCACCCGAACUCGAACUUUGUUUGAAUCAUACAAAAUGUGCAGCUCUCAUUGUGGCAGGAAAGUUUUGCAGACAAAGCUACUACGAAAUGCUCCUUCAAAUUGCGCCGGAGCUAGAUCGAGUUUCUCCUGGGGAACUCAAGAGCGCCAGGCUGCCGGUGCUGAAGCACGUUAUUAUGAUCAACGACUCCCCCAUGCGUGGCACGGUGACUUUCGACGAACUCAUGAAAUCUGCCACCGCUGAGGACUACGCCGCCAUGAACGCCAUUUACUCCAAGCUUCAGUUCGACGAGGCAGUCAACAUACAGUUCACGUCUGGAACAACUGGACGACCGAAGGCAGCCAUGCUGUCUCACUUCAACGUCGUGAACAACGCCAACAUGAUCGGUCGAGGGUUUGGGCUCCACGAGCAGAGCGAACUGAUCUGUCUCAACGCCCCGAUGAUUCACUGUUACGGCAUCGUGGUAGGCACCUUGACUGCUGCGAUGUUCGGCUCAACCACGGUGAUGCCGGCACCCAGCUUCAAAGCAGAGGCAGCUCUGGAAGCCAUCACUAAACACAGGUGCACCUUUAUUUACGGAACACCGACCAUGUUCAUUGACAUGCUGGCUCAGUUGGAACGGGGACACUACGACCUCUCGUCCGUCCGAAAAGGAAUCAUGUCUGGGUCUCCGUGUCCUUCUGAACUGGUGAAGAAUGCAAGGAAAAGGUUGAACAUCCAACGGUUCCAUGUGAUGUACGGCGCCACCGAGACUAGUCCCGCCAUCAGCGGCAUCGAUCCUGACGAACCCAUAGAAAAGUGGAUUGAGACGGUUGGAGUGCCCUUGGACCACACAGAGGUGAAGAUUGUGGACACUCGGGGCGACAUCGUUCCCGUCAACAAAGUAGGAGAGCUGUGCACCCGAGGCUACCACGUCUUCAUGGGUUACCUCGGGGAGGAAGGCAAGAAGAGAGAGGCCAUCCGAGACAACUGGUAUCACACGGGGGACGAGGCGACCAUGAGCGAGGAUGGUCGGAUCACGAUCCGGGGCCGCAUCAAGGAUAUGAUCAUCAGGGGCGGAGAGAACAUCUACCCGCGAGAGAUCGAGGACUACCUCUACAAGCACCCCGACGUGCUCGAAGUCCAAGUUGUUGGAGUUCCGGACACCAGGCUAGGAGAGGAGGUGUGCGCAUGGAUUAAGCUGAAACCUGGGACGAAGUUAAGUCAAGAAGACGUCCGAACCUUCUGCAAAGGAAAGAUCAGCUAUUUCAAGAUUCCAAGAUACAUACUCUUCGUGGAUUCUUUUCCGAAGACAGAGUCUGGGAAGAUAGUGAAAAAUAAAAUGCGCAUAGAAAGUAAGAAGAUUCUGAACCUUUCAAGCGGCUUUUAGAAUACAAAAAUAAAGACCUGAAUCUGGCUUCCUGAUUUUUCACUCUCAC